AUGGGACAAACUCAUGCUAAUUUUGCAGGGGAUUCUAACACCAACGGCAAGGUGGAUGAUUUAAACGCAAAAUCCGCUGGACCAGGCCUAGGUGAAACCAAAUCCAAGAAAAAAACUAUUCAGCAGACAAUUGACGCCAGUACGAAACGAGCCGCACACAAUUAUUCACAACCCACAGAAAACAACUAUUUCAGAAAACCCGUCGGCUUAGCGCAGCCUAAACCUAGAAAACUCCCACCGUUAGAACUAGCUGCAGAUUCUAGAAACAUCCCGGUAGAUACCGCUUAUACGUACUCAAUUGACGGAAACAGGGUUAAACGGAAAAACGGAAACAAAUCCGAAAAUAAUUAUACGAAAAUUAUGGCGAGUAAUGUAAAGCAGUCUGUUCACCCGGAAGUAAUCCGACAACAAUAUACGGAAUGUCCAGAAUGUUCCAAGAACUACAAUGACUUCUUACAAGUGCCACGUGUUCUGCCAUGCCUGCACGCGAUGUGCAUCUCGUGCCUAGAGUCAACUGCGACACGUGGUACCGUAAAGUGUCCAACGUGCGAUAUACGUCAUAAUGUUCCGAAUGGUGACCUUGAACAAUUCCGACCAGACGAAACAAGACUUUUCCUUGCCAAUCAUAAUAGGGUACAAGCUAGGAACCCAGAGAUUACGUGCCAAGAAUGCAAGAAUACUACACGUCUUUCUCAAUAUAGAUGCAAAGAAUGUGCGCAGUUUCUAUGCGCAGACUGUAAUGAUGCGCACGGACGUACUAAAGUUACCAAACGACACCACAUCCUUGGUCUUGAUGAGCUACGAGAAGCUCCACUUGAUGAUUUCCAACAAGUACAUUACUGUAACGUUGCAGGUCACGAGGAACAACCAUACGCCUUCUACUGCAUGUCGGAUUCGUGCGACCAUCCGGUAUGCGCUCUGUGCGCAGUCGCAGAACACCAAGAGUCAAAAGGUCAUGACAUCCGAGAUAUUCACGAAGUUUACGGAGAUGUCCGGAGAACAAUUGAAGGGCUAAUGUCUGAUGUGAAGCACCGUACUCUUUCCGCACAAGACACCGCGACUUCGAUUGAAAAUACAGUUGAUGGCCUAGAUACUAACCUUCACCUAACGAUAACGAAUAUAGAUUCUUCUUUCGACGCCGCCAUCAAAGCGCUCGAACGCAGACGAGUUGAACUUAAGGACAAUGCACAUGCUAGGAUUAGAGAAAAGAAAAAGAGAUUAGACAGCCAGAUGGAUAGCAUCAAUUUUCAUAUCGCGUGUAUGGAAGAUGCAAACGAAUUUUCCGGAAAUAUCACGCUGUACGGAAGCGAAUCGGAGCUACUAUUUUUCAAAGAUACAAUUGUCGACCGUCUGAAUUUUCUUCGCGAUGAAGAGUUUGAUACGAUCCCACACGACAACGACGAACUGAAAUUCAAAGGAAAGAAACUUGGUGACGAUUUCAAUAAACACGUUCGAGAUAUGGGCGAGAUUUGGACCACAUCUGCGUACGGACCAAACACGCACGUGGAUAUGAAGGACGUCAUCAGGGAUCGCGAGCAGACGAUAAUGAACAUUACACUAUUUGAUAGUGAUGGCGUUCAACAGUCUGAUGGUGGCGAUGAUCUACGAGUUGAAGUUUCGGACCCGUCCGGGCGCCGACGAAAUGCUACUGUUGUUGAUAAUACCGCCGGUGAUGGACGUUACAAGGCAAUAUUUAUGGGUACAACAAAGGGUAAACACCGCGCGACUGUCUACGUACACGGCAACCCAAUGCCAAGUGAUCACGUGUUUCGCGUGUCUACGCCAAGCUCAAUGCACGUUGAUCGCCUGAAUCUACGUGAAAAAGACGACCAUCAUCACCACCACCAUCAUCAAACUCAUCAGCAACAUCAUCAUAGUCAUCAUCAACAACACAGCCGUCCACUUCGAACAGCGACACCUAGUGAAAUGUCGGAGGAACAUGAUAUGACCCAUGCCAAUGACCACAUGCUGGGUGACGUCAUGUGCCCAGGGUUUCUCUUUGACUCUACAACAUCCAGUACUAUUGUGGAAAUUCUGGAAGAUGGCAAGACAAUGAAGGUUAAGCCGAACAAAGGCAACACAACGAGAAGAACAGGUCGAGAGCAAGGCAGAUUUGCACUUUUUCGAGGUGCAAUGGGAACACGCCCAUUCCAGAAGUCGGGGUUGUACUAUUUCGAAGUGGGCGUGGUUUUCAAAAUAUCAAAGUUGAUUCGCCAAGAACACGUUUUUGAGGUAGCUCUUGCAAAGCUUGAAUGCAUCGAUCGCCACCCAUCUGUUGACUGCCAUCCAUAUGCUUGGAGUAUAAGCGCACGUGGUUGUCAUGUGUGCGGGAAGGUGUGUCUGCAGGCGUGGCAUAACGGUCAGCUCCUGUCCCACAUGGCUAUAUGCCCUCGCACAAAAUCACCUCCAGGAACGUUCAAUCGUUUAUAUUACGGAUUUCUUCUAGAUGCGGACCGCAGACAUUGGAUAAUUAUCGACGUCAAAAAUAAGAAAGUUGUCUUCCGGUUUAAAAAUCUCGUUGUAUCCGAGAUGUCGGAACCGUUAUGGCCUGUAUUCGGUCUUGGGAACUCGGAAGCCGUCUCGACUGUAAUGACACUGAAAACGGGGCGUGUGAUUGACAGUGUCCCGGAAGAGGCCCUUGAAGCGCUUGCACCUUAAUCACCAAUAGGAACAUCUCGGCUAUUAUACGUUCCUUAUCCGAAGUUUGACGGAAAGGACCGAGACGUUGCGAUUGCUAAAUCACGAAUGAACAGUAUAUCUUUAUUGUAGAAGUUAAUAGUAUCCAAACACAAUUUGCUUUUUACAUUCAGGGAAUACAUUUAUUGGUUAUAUUGUACACAUAAUUAAUGAUAUAUUUAAAUAUAUCUCUUAAAUUCAUCUGCUACAGUUUUAUAUUAUUGUUCGAUUCCUGAUUGAUUGAUUGACUAAUUAAUUAAUCAAUCAAAGAGUGGUUUCGUGUAGUUUGGCAAGGCACGCCCUGUGAGAAGUAUUUAAAUAAAUAAUAAGUGUUGAAAUAUUUUAUAUGUGUAAUCUCUGUUAUGUAAUUUUGAUUUUAUGAGCGUUCAUUUAACAAAUAUUUUAUGUUGCUCUUUGUCAUAUCGAUUCUUGUAACGUACGGAAAGUUACGAAAGUUUCCGAAUUUUCACAGUAUUGUGUGUCAUGCAGCUUUAGCUUUUACAUUGACUGAUGUGUGUGGUUUUCAAUGUAUCAAAAUAAUAAAAUAUAUUCAAAAUCAA